GUAAAAAUGAAGUCGAUCCAGCUUUUGUGACCCGAUCAUCAUAUGACAUCAUAUUUAUAUGAAUAUAUUAAUGUCGAAUGCUAGUGAUGAGAAAGGGUGUGUCCUUGAGUGAGUGAGUGAGUAAGAGAGGGAGAGAGAGAGAAAGCGAGAGCUCGCUUGUUGCUCUGGAGCGCGAGCCGCAGGUGAUGAUGGAUCGAUAGAAGGAAGAGCUGCUGCUUUCGCGCCUUGUCUUUCACCUGUCCGCGCGCUCGGUUUGUCUUGCGUGCCGCGGAUAAAGCGAAGCGUUCGUUCCACACUUCACUUCAAUGAGGCUGUUCGUGAACUAUUGGAGUACUCCAGCUUCGCCACAGCAGCACCGUAGAGUAACGUUACUCCCCUCGCGUCAUGUCUCACUCUGAGAGAUGGGCAAGUUCGACGAGCACGAGAGGGUAAUCCUCAACGUCGGGGGCACGAGGCACGAAACCUACCGGACCACGCUGAAGACCUUGCCGGGCACGCGUCUGGCCCUUCUCGCUUCCGAGUCGGACCUCGAGUCGGUUUUGGACCAGCUGCAACAAGUCCCGGGCUUCAUCGAGUACAACGCGCGCAGCAACGAGUACUUCUUCGACCGGCACCCGGGCGUCUUCGCCUACGUGCUGAACUACUACCGGACCGGGAAGCUGCACUGCCCGGCGGACGUGUGCGGACCGCUGUUCGAGGAGGAGCUGUCCUUCUGGGGCAUCGAUGAGACGGACGUGGAGCCGUGCUGCUGGAUGACCUACCGACAGCACCGGGAUGCCGAGGAAGCGCUGGAGGUGUUCGAGAUGAACGUGGAUAACGACGACGACGACGAGUACGGCAAGCGGCUGGGCAUCGAGGACGUGGUGUCGCCGGACGGUACCGUCAGCAGGUGGAGGAAGUGGCAGCCGGUCAUCUGGAACCUGUUCGAGGACCCGUACUCAUCCAGAGCCGCCCGGUUCAUCGCGUUCGCCUCGUUGUUCUUCAUCCUGGUUUCCAUCACGACCUUCUGCCUGGAGACGCACGAGGCCUUCAACACGGUCAUCAACAAGACGGAUCCGUUCCGCAACGACUCGCUGACGGACUUCAGCCAGCAGUACGAGAUCGAGACGGACCCGGCGCUCACCUACGUGGAGGGCGUCUGCGUGCUGUGGUUCACCUUCGAGUUCCUGGUGCGCGUCACCUUCAGUCCGGACAAGCUGGAGUUCGUCAAGAGCAUCCUGAACAUCAUAGACUUCGUGGCUAUUUUGCCCUUUUACCUGGAGGUGGGCUUGAGCGGACUUUCCUCCAAAGCGGCCAAAGACGUGCUGGGGUUCUUGCGUGUGGUUCGCUUCGUGCGCAUCUUGAGGAUCUUCAAGCUGACGCGCCACUUCGUGGGCCUGCGGGUGUUGGGACACACGCUACGCGCGAGCACAAACGAGUUCCUGCUGCUCAUUAUCUUCCUAGCGCUGGGCGUCCUCAUCUUCGCCACUAUGAUCUACUACGCCGAGCGGAUCGGAGCCAGUCCCAACGACCCGACGGCCAGCCACCACACCAUGUUCAAGAACAUCCCCAUCGGCUUCUGGUGGGCCGUCGUCACCAUGACCACUCUGGGAUACGGAGACAUGUACCCGCAGACGUGGUCCGGCAUGGUGGUGGGCGCGCUCUGCGCCCUCGCCGGCGUGUUGACGAUAGCCAUGCCGGUGCCCGUCAUCGUCAAUAACUUUGGCAUGUAUUACUCGCUAGCCAUGGCCAAACAGAAGCUCCCGAAGAAGAGGAAGAAACACAUCCCUCAGGCUGUGCAGACCGGCUCGCCGUCCUACUGCAAGACGGACCUGAGCACGGCCUGCAACAGCACGCAGGGAGAGCUGUGUUUGGGACAGAGCCGAGGACUGGAGCGACACCGCUCAGUGCUGUCUGGCGACUGCAGCGCAGGAAGUGACAUCACCAUGUCUCCGGAGGAGCGGAUACCCAUGCGGCACUCCAGCACGCGCGAACAGGACCGUCACACCGAAGGAACCUGCUUCCUGUUGGCCGCCAGCGACUACACCUGCACAGCAGACGCAGCCAUUCGCAAAACAGCUACUGUAUCACCUCUGGCUGACGUACAGUUUAUAUCGGCCAGAGACGGGGAAGGCGGGGCCAGCAGAGACUCAGAUGGAUUUGAUGAAUUGGAUUGGACAGUCUGGAAUAGAAUAAGCCUGUGAUCGGACGGUUCCGAAAGCGGACGCUCACUUGCGGAUCGAUCGGACUGCUCACGACCUGUGGAGUUUCCCGUUUUUUCUGUGUGGAUACAGACUGCAGCCAGUUUCCUGUUUAAAAACGAGUCGGCUCUCCGUUUAAAUGUCGCAUCUGUAUAAAGGACACACAUCCACCUGUGGCUUCCCCUCUGUGUCAGGUAGCAAAUCAAACACCCCCUCGAACCCCCUUCCAAGGCCUCUGUCGUUGCAAUAAGUGUAUUAAGAUGUGUAGAGGCACAAGUGUUUAAAAAUGAAGUAUUAGUGUAUCGACUAUACUAAACUACAGAGUAGAGAGAGAGUAAACAUGAUAAGUUUAAUAAAUGUGACCUUCAGUCAUUUAUGCUUUUAUUUGCUCUAGUAUCUCUGGUGGAUUCAUUGUUGUCUGUGUGUGUGAGUGUUUGUAUGUGGGAUGCUGAUCUCAAAUGGGACACUUAAAGGAAUAGUUCAGCCAAAAAUGAACAUUUACUCCCCCAUCCAAGGUGUAGAUGAGUUUGUCUCAUCACCAGGCUUGGCGAAGUGCAGCAUUGCAUCACUU